UUUUUCCCUCUCUCUCGCAGCAGCUGACAUGGUUUCUCUAAGAUGAUAUCGAGAAGAAAAAAAGUUGAUAUAUUUGUAUCAGAUUCUCUCUUGUUGUUCUCUGUUUGGAUUGAAUUUUCAAUUUUGGAAGAGUUUUUUUUUCAAUUUCACAGUUAGGGUUCGAAUCCUGUUAACUUGUAGCUUGAUCGGAAAAUUUUGAAGGGCAAAGUUUCUUUAAUUGUCUCAUCUUUGUUUAGAUUUGUUGAUGGCCUUGUUUCAUGGUGAAGCUGGAAUCGCGGAGAAAAGGGUUGUUAUGUUUAUGGAAAGUCCGUCUAAUUCGAAUCAGACCCUUUCUUUUGGGACCAUUAAAGUCACCUCCUUUUUUCUCUCUUUUGGUUUCUUUUUACUUUUUUUUUUUUUUUCUUCAUCUACGAUCACACAAUCAUCAGCUUUGUAGCUUGAUGUUUAUGAUUCAUCAAGUUAUAAACACCAGUUGUUUUCCUCUGGAUGAUCUAUUAUCUUCCUUCAUGUUGUUUCCGGAAAGUGUUUCUUUGAUUUAUGGAUGGAUGUGCGGGUAAACGAUCUGUUGACCGGUUGGUUGGGCCUCGGAAAGCUACUGGUCUUAUCCUGCGUGACAAUAUGAACAAGACAGAUGGUAAGACUGAUCCUUUCUGCAGCCGAGUUGGUUGUAGUGCAAAGGUAACUUCUACCAAGAGAUCCCGGAUUGGCUCUACGGACAACAAUACAAAAGUUGCUCUGCCUCCGGUUCCGUCUUCCUCACAUGGAAAGGAAAUUGUUGGUAGUUCAUCUCGAACUCCUGGUGGAUUUGGAUACUUAAGAAAGCCAGCCAAAGUUACUCCCAGAAGAAAGCCGUCAUCUAGUUUAGACACAGAAUCUUCGGAAAAGACUAGUAUUCAUUAUGAUCCAGCUGCAACAGAGCCUACACUUCCACGCCAAAAGAAUAAAAGAGGCACAAUCAAUGUUCAUCCUCAAAGCGCUUUCUCUGGAGAAGUCGUGUUGACAAAGGCAGGAAGCUCAAGUAGAGGAACCAGCAGAAGUAGUCAUCAGAAGUCUGAAUUGGGCACCCGAGAUGCUCUGACGGGUCCUUCUGUUUCCACAUCUUCUGAUAACAGCGAGCACACUGUAAGAGGCGGUUUGAGCAGGAAUAGAUUGAGGAACUUGAGUUGCAAUUCUGUGUCUGAUGUUCUUCCAACUAACUCAAACUCAGCAACAAAAAUCAGUGUGACUAAAAAGAAGAAAAACUCUGAUGGAGAGAGCAGCUCCUCUAGCAAAGGCAGUAAGACUAGUGUGUUGGUGCCAAAGGUAAGGAGUCAAAUUUCUUCUCAUGGCAAUGGCAUCACAGUUUCUGAUAACAGAAGAAAUCGAAUAGUACCAAGUAUUAGGGACAGCAGUGUUGGUUCAGGUGGUGGUAGGAGAUCUGGUUAUAUUGGUAGAUCAGAGCGACUUGGAGCUGUUGCAUCCUCUGCUACUUCUCGACAAAUGCCUCAUCCUGCAACACCAACUGAUCCCAAUCCUUCUCUUUCGUUUUUUCCAUCAGAUAGAUACAGUAGGCCAAACAGUAGUACUGGACGUGUACAUAGCACAAUGCCUGGUAGCCCCACGGAAGCUGACCCUUCAAGCUCUUUGGUGAACCGGGAUGGUUUGAGUCACUACAACAUGAAUGGUAUUGCAGAGGUAUUGUUGGCCCUAGAAAGGAUUGAACAUGAUGAAGAGCUUACAUAUGAGCAACUGGCUUCUUUGGAGACCAAUCUAUUCUCAAGUGGUAUGUUCAGAUUCUUCGAUCAGCAUAGAGAUAUGAGGCUUGACAUUGAUAACAUGUCAUAUGAGGAACUACUAGCUUUGGGGGAGAAAAUGGGUACAGUGAGCACAGCUCUAAGCGAAGAAGCACUCUCGAGAAGCCUCAAGCAAAGCACUUAUCAGAAGACAGAUGAAACCGGUUCCAUUUCUCUGAGUAAGGAAGAUGAUAUCAAGUGCAGUAUUUGCCAGGAAGAGUUUGUUGAUGGAGAUGAAGUAGGGACUAUGCCAUGUCAACAUAUGUACCAUGUGAGCUGCGUACAACAAUGGUUGCGGAUGAAGAAUUGGUGCCCAAUCUGCAAAACCUCUGCGGAAGAGGAGUAAUCAUUUUAGUGAAUAAUGCCAACACCAGUUUUAGGUUUGUGGGAUGACUCCAAGAUGAUGCAGAUACAUUGCUUUUUUCUUCACCAAGUGCUUGUCUCUACAUCAUCUUGCUCUCUCUCUCUUUUUUUUUUUUUUUUUUUUUU